AUGUACUACGACAAGCGGUUUCAGGAAGACCUGUAUUUUCCAAUGAUCGCAUUUAACCACGAGCAGAUCGCCGCUAGCUCGACAGCCAGCAACAUCAUGGUCAAACGCGCAGAUUUUCCCCGAAUUAUGGAUAAGCUAUCAGUUCUCAACGUGAACACCCUCGGCCGUCUGACUCGCAGGCUAGAGGAGGGCGAAGGUGUCAUUCCCGAGACCGAAGACGAGCGCAACUGCUUCGACAUUAUGCGCAGUCUGGACUUCAUAGGUGCCCACGUACAAGGAUCUGUAACGGCGAAGAAAUACAUGAGGAACGAAAUAUGGUCACUCAUUAACUUCAUCGGCGCACCUUCCUGGUUCGUGACUUUGUCGCCGUCCGACAGUAGCCAUCCAAUAGCGCUAUACUUCGCGGACAAGAACCUUGAGUUCAAGCCGACGUUGAGAACCUGGAAAGAGCGCAGCGACUUAGUAGCACGGAAUCCUGUGGCCGCAGCCCGCUUUUUCAAUGUCAUGGUUAAAGCAUUCAUUAAACACGUCCUAGGCGUCGGGUCUGCUCACCGAGGUUUGUAUGGACCUACAUCCGCGUACUACGCGGCAGUCGAACAACAGGACAUUACCCGAUCCGCCUCCUGCGCUGUGUUCAUGCACACGCGAUUCGUGUAA